AUGAGGAGCGCUGCAGGACGCUUGCUGCUGCUGCUGAUGCUCUGCCGACCGACGCGCAGCCAGUCGUCGUCAGGUCAAGCGGAGCCGCGCGCGGCCGACUCCUCGGACUCCGACCCGGGGUGGGAAGACGGCGUGCCGAAUCGCCUUCGUCGUCAACGUUUUGGACACCCUGACGGCGAGGUUCGCGUGGAGCACGCCGCCGUGGCCGCGCGACAUCUGGUCACGGUGCAGUUUCUCACGUUGGACGUUCGGCGCCUGAACACGGCUCUCCUCCGACGGUUUCGCGGCGGCGCGGCGGCGGCGCUGGGGGUUCCCGUCGGCCUGGUCCACAUUAACGCCCUCGAUGAAGAGAAGAACGGCGUGGAGAUUUUCGUGUCUUCGGAGCGGGCGGACGCCUCCGAGCCUUGGCCGGCGCGGGACGUGGUCCGAUCGCUGAACGUCGGGGUGCUCCGCCGUCGCCUGGCGCGCUUCGGGAUUACCGAAGUAUCCGUACAGAAGAACGUUCUGCAGGAGGCGCCACAGCAGCACGCGUGGGGUCAGGAAGCGUGGUACACCACCGUUCUCUUCCUCGCCAUCCUUAUAAUGGCCAUCGUCAGCUUAACGCUUCUAUUCGGGCCGAAGACGACUUCUAGCGGGCGUCUGAAAGCUACGCCCCCUCCCUUCGCCGCCAAGGUCACGUGUGCGCACGUGAGCCGCGACGAGUCGGCGGCGACGUUGACGUCGGUCACGGCCGCCGCCCUCCCGCCGCCGAGGCUCGCCUCUCCCCCCGAAGCGGACCCCGCCUCCUCGGCGGCCGUCGAGCCGGUGACGAGCGAGCCGAGGCCGCGCCCCUCCCCCUUCAGGAUGAAAACGCCGACGGGACUUCAAGAGAGACGCGGUUCCAACGUCUCGCUGGUUUUGGACGUGUCCGGCGCCGUCGCGGUCACGCCCCCAAGAGAGGAGGCGGCCGGCGAGUACCUGACGGCCGCCCGACGCCCACUCGCGCCUCAGCAACUGCGCCGCGCGGUCAGAGACGCGCGCGCGCUGCACGACGAGUUCUCGGAGAUUCCGAUGAACUUCACGGACGCGAAGCACGUGGACGUUCCCGACCACGGGAGCAAAAACCGAUACAAGACCAUCUUGCCCAGUGAGUCAGCGAGUCGCUCUGAGGGAUUGGCGCCCGAUGUCCCGCGCUCUGCUCGUCUCCUCGUAGAUCCUGGUUCCAGAGUGGUGCUGCGGACCGGAAGAAAGGACGACCCGCUGGGCUCCUACAUCAACGCCAACUACAUCCGGGGUUACCGGGGUGACGAGAAGGCCUUCAUCGCCACGCAGGGCCCGAUGGCCAACACGGUGGACGAUUUCUGGCUGAUGGCGUGGCAGGAAGCGGCGCCCGCCAUCGUCAUGAUCACCAAGCUUAAGGAGAAGAGCGAGAAGUGCGUCCUCUACUGGCCCGAGAAGCGCGGCGUUUUCGGCCGGGUGGAGGUGGAGGUCGAAGCCGCGCGGGAGUGUCAGCACUACACCGCCAGAGGCGUCACGCUCAAGCGCGGGGACACGCGCCGCACGCUGCGUCACUUCUGGUUCACGGCGUGGCCCGACCACAAGACGCCCUCGGCCACUGUGCCGCUGCUACGGCUGAUGGAGGACGUGGAGGCGGCGCGGCGGGCGGCGCCGCGGGCCGGGCCCGUCAUCGUACACUGCAGCGCGGGGAUCGGGCGCACGGGCUGCUUCAUCGCCGCCAGCGUGGGCGCCCGGCAGCUGGCGGCCGAAGGCGCCGUGGACGUGCUGGCCAUCACCUGCCAGAUGCGACUGGACAGGGGCGGAAUGAUCCAGACGGCGGAGCAGUACGAGUUCGUCCAUCACGCGCUGAGCGCCUUGGCGGUCGGGAUCUGA